AUGGUUAUAGACCAAACUGAGAAAGAAAAUGUUGCAGAUGAAGAGCAUGGCCGUUCUACGGCUCCAGAACCUAUGGAUAUCGUGUUGACUUCUACAUCUCAGACAUGUCACAUUCCUAAUUCUGAUGUGCGGAUUUUAGAAGGGCAUACUUCUGAGGUUUGUGCUUGCGCAUGGAGUCCGUCGGCUUCGCUUCUUGCAUCAGGGUCUGGUGAUGCAACAGCACGUAUCUGGAGCAUUCCUGAAGGGUCAUUUAGAUCGCAUACUGCUCGUAGUAUCAACGCUUUGAUCCUGAAGCAUGCAAAAGGAAAGUCAAACGAGAAGAGCAAGGAUGUGACCACUCUUGACUGGAAUGGUGAAGGGACUUUACUUGCAACUGGUUCUUGUGAUGGCCAAGCUAGAAUCUGGACUACAAAUGGUGACCUGAUAAGUACUCUGAGCAAACACAAGGGACCUAUUUUUUCACUCAAGUGGAACAAGAAGGGUGAUUAUCUUCUAACCGGAAGUGUCGAUAGAACUGCUGUUGUUUGGGACGUAAAGGCAGAGGAGUGGAAGCAACAAUUUGAAUUUCAUACAGGUCCAACUCUUGAUGUCGAUUGGCGCAACAAUGUGUCUUUCGCAACGAGUUCAACGGACACCAUGAUCUACUUAUGUAAGAUUGGAGAAACUCGGCCUGUCAAAGUCUUUGCUGGGCAUCAGGGUGAGGUUAAUUGCGUGAAAUGGGAUCCUACUGGUACACUAUUGGCCUCAUGCUCAGAUGAUAGUACUGCUAAGAUAUGGAACACAAAACAACACACCUUUGUUCAUGAUCUCCGAGAGCAUACUAAGGAAAUCUAUACAAUCAGAUGGAGCCCUACCGGACCGGGAACUAACAAUCCUAACAAACAAUUAUCUCUUGCAAGUGCAUCAUUCGACUCAACGGUAAAGCUAUGGGAUGCCGAACUCGGCAAGAUGCUAUGUAGUUUCAACGGUCACAGGGAACCGGUUUACUCACUGGCGUUUAGUCCCAACGGGGAUUACAUAGCGAGUGGGUCUUUGGAUAGAUCAAUACACAUAUGGUCAAUAAAAGAAGGCAAAAUCGUGAAGACGUAUACCGGAAAUGGAGGGAUUUUCGAAGUGUGUUGGAAUAAAGAAGGUAACAAAAUCGCAGCUUGCUUCGCAGAUAACUCAGUUUGCAUUCUUGACUUCAGAAUGUAG